AUGGACGUCGACCCGCUGUCGACUCACCAAACACCCCCUUCCAAGCGGCGGAAGUUGCUGGCUGUCAUGCCCCCUGCCCCCAAACUGUCCGAUCUCUUGUCAGCAUUUGGUGCCAGAAGCAUCCCAGCCAGUGUCAGCAAGAUGGCCAAUGUGGCGGAUGUGAAGAAUCUGAGGCAGCAGAGACCCGUGUUCAGCUACGCCGAGUCGGAGGCCACCGCCUCGCCAACCAAGACGGACAGUAGCAGCUUCGACGACACACCACCAAAGUCCUCGAAGACGUCUAUCGAGAAGGAUGAGAGCAGCGAAGAGAGCGAGGACGAAUUGAUCUCAGAAGAUGUGAUCCAAGUUGUUCCGCGCCGUUCGACUGGCACCCGCGAGCUGCCUAACAGAUCGACCAGGAGCUGUGUCAGCUAUGCAUCUCCCAAGAAAAAGUACAAGAAAAGUGCAAAGGCACGCAAAGCAGCGAAGGCGACCAAGCUCACUUCCAACCUGAACGGUAACGUGACUUCAAAGACGUCCAAACCCACAAUCAGCACCGAGCGAGACAAGGUCCACGCGAACAUUGCCGCCUUCACCAAGCCAAGACGUGAUGCCUUCCUUCUCGCCAACAAGGAGUACUUCCAGCCUCUUCUGCCAGAGACCAGCUACAUCGACAAGCUGCAACGUCUUCAAGACAUGAAAGGAGAUGAGGAUGUGGAGACUGUCCCUCAUGUCGCUCUCACGCAGCAGCCGAAAGGCAUCAUGGCAACAAUGAAGCCAUACCAACUCGAAGGUCUGUCUUUUUUGGUGUACAUGCACAAGAACGGCAUGCCAAGCAUUCUCGGUGAUGAAAUGGGUCUCGGAAAGACGUUGCAGACCCUCGCGCUGUUCCAGUGGCUGCGCGAGAGCGAGCCAAAGACUGGCGAGCCUCGACCAUUCCUCGUCAUCUGUCCGCUCAGCGUGCUGUCGUCCUGGAUGAACGAAGCGAAGAAAUGGGCACCUGCGUUUAGAACUGUACGCUUCCAUGGGCCAGUCAAAGAGCGUGAUAGGCUGAAGGACGAGUGCCGGGUCGCUGGCCAGGCUGCGAAGAUUGACAUCAUCGUCACCACCUACGAAACGUUCACCUCCGAGCAGAACUGGUUCAAGCGAGCCUUUGUUUGGCGCUACUGCGUUCUCGACGAAGGCCACAAGAUCAAAAACGAGAAGUCUGAGGUUGCCCACUCGUUGCAGAGUUUGAAAGCAGAGUACCGCCUGCUACUGACCGGCACACCUCUUCAGAACAAUCUGCAGGAGAUGUGGGCAUUGCUGCAUUGGCUGUACCCAGACGUAUUCGACGCCAGGACUUCAGAGGAGUUCAAGCAAGCUUUCGAUCUCACCAGGGGCAAAGUAUCGAGAGAUUUCAUGGAUCAUGCUCGUGGCCUUCUUGAGCUGGUUAUGCUCAGGCGCAUGAAGUCCAGUCCUGGCGUCAACCUUGGUCUGCCACCGAAGGAAGAGGUCCUGUUGUACGUGCCGCUGACGCCGAUGCAACGCUUCUGGUACACAAGACUCCUCACCAAGAUGGACAUUUCAACACUCGACCAGCUGUUCAAAGGGUCGAAGAGCAAGGAGAUCGUAUCAAGGCAGCACGAAGCUGCGGUUGAUCAAGCACAGCUCAGCCUUCUCAAGAAAGCAGAGGAGGAGCUGUCUACUGGUGCUGGCGUCUCUGACGAUGUCUGGGCCGAGAGCAGGGAGAUCCUAGAGAACGGCAUCCAGAAUGAGGUUGCGGACGUCGAGAAAGGCGAAUACAAGAAGCUGAUGAACCUGAUCAUGCAGCUUCGCAAGGUGUGCAGCCACCCAUAUCUGCUCCCACACGCCGAGCCAAACCCCUAUUACUGGGGUGAGCACGUCAAGACUGCUUCUGGCAAAUUCAUGAUCCUGGACAAGCUGGUCAACGAGCUGGUUGUGAAGCAAAAGAAACGAAUCCUCAUUUUCGCGGGGUUCACGAAGACUCUGAGCUUGUGUGAGGAGCUCCUGGCCCUGCACGCAACCACCGACAACUCCUUCCGGUACCUCAGACUGGAUGGCUCGACAUCGCGCGCUCGUCGCAACCUGGGCAUCCGCAUGUUCAACGACAUCAGGAGUGACUUUAGGGUCAUGCUCAUCUCGACGAGAGCAGGUGGGCUGGGUGUCAACCUUGCUUCCGCUUCAGAUGUGGUGUUUAUGGAUGAGGAUUGGAACCCACAGAUCACUCUCCAAGCGGAGGCUCGCGCUCAUCGCAUUGGUCAGAUGCAGAAGGUGACGGUAUACAAGCUGUGCUCUCAGGGUACGGUCGAGGAGCAGAUGCUCGGGCGAAUCAGGAAGAAGCUGUACUUGUCUGUCAAGGUCACGGAGAGCAUGCGCAACAUCCAUUCAGGCGCCGCCCAGGGCAGCAAGAAGCGCAAGCGCGGCCCUUCCACCAGCGCCUUGGAGGAUGAUACACCGCAGCUCGACACCGGGACUUUGAAGUCACUCAUCCGCCGCGGUGCCCAGACGCUCUCAAGGCCGGACGUUGAUGUUAAGGAGAUGCUCAACUGGGACUGGCAGACCACGCUCGAGAAGUGCAAGGAUCAGCCGAUGGAUACGCAUGACGAUGCCGACGUCUCCGCAGACGAGACAGUGGAGGAGAGCUGGUUGAACACUAUGGAAAAGGUUGAGACUGCUGUCUUCGAGGGCAAGAGGCAUCAGAAGGCGAUCGAGCAGGCUGCGAAGGAGGAUGCUAAGCUUGACCGCGCCGAUCGCAGGGUCGGCAAGAACACCACUGUCAUGGUCGACGGCUUCGCGAUCAACAAGGAAUCCAUGGGCUGCGGUGACUGGGAAGCCGUACCCACGUUCGCAGGCAAGGACCCACGUCUUGCCGAACCGCCGAAGCGCAAGAUGGUGCAGGUGCCGAACCAGGACUUCUGCCAGCAUUGUUGGGAUGGAGGCGACCUCGUCUGCUGCUGCGGCUGCCCCCGGAGCUACCACACCAAAUGUCUGGAGAAGUCUUUUCAGCUGAAGGCCAAGUCUACGUUCGCUUUGUUCUACUGCCCGCAGCAUGAGUGUCUGGACUGCCAGUCCAAGACGCAAGACGCUGGAGGUAUGAUCUACCGCUGUCGCUGGUGCGAGAAUGGAUUCUGUGAGGAUUGUCUGGACUGGGAUAACACGAAGCUGAUUGGUGAGACGUUGCCGGAGUAUGAGAUCUUGGGUCAUCCGGCCAAGGACAAUGCUUGGUACAUCGAAUGCCCAGCCUGCGUCAAGCACUACGCCGACAGCGACGAGGAUCGCGAGGCGAUGCUGCACGAGCAAUCCAGGAUCGACAAGGAGUACGCGAAGUUCGUCGCCUCGCAAUCCGCUUUCCACACCAACGGCACUACGCCUGCGACGGUUUCUGAGGCGGGGACGCCGAUGGGUGGAGACUUUGAGAUGAUACCGCCACCGGCGAAGAAGCUCAAGGUCGCGGACAAUGGUGUAGGGAAAGGCAUCAAGGUGGAAGCGGAGAGGGUUGUGAUUGAGCUGUUCGAUUGA